UCUCCUCAGAGGUCUCAGCCACUCAGCUUCAAGGUAGUGCCCCAUACAAAAAUAUUAUUUGUAUGCUGGCCUUAUAAAGAUUAGCUUGAGACGACAUGAGGGUUAGUCGCCUCUAAGUCGUCGUGUUGUCAAGGCGAUGUUCAACUUCUGUGUUUUACUGACCUUUAUUAUUGAACUUUCUUUGUCAGACAGCGCCACCUGUGAUGUGCAGGAUGCGAGCGACAAUAAGUUCAUGGCGGUCGUCACGUGCACCUUUCCCGUCAACAUUUCUUACUUCACAGUCAGCUUCUACUCCACAACAUUUGGAGGUUCCCCUGGUGUAAUAAUUUCAUGCGACAGGUGCUCUGUGGAGCCUAGGUUCCAAAAACUCAUCACACUGAAGUUUCCUGACACCACCAAAGAAGGCGACACCUGGAAGUUUGAGGUGCAGCGGUCAAAAGAGACUGCGGGAAUUUACACCUGUCUGGGUCUGCGAGGAGCUGCCUCAUUCCACUCCACGCCAUGCAACAUCACGGACACACCUGAGGAGUAUUUCCUUUCAUCAUCGACUACUACAGAUGCUCCAGCAGGCAGACUCUACCCCUCGCAGAACAAGGGUAUUGACUCGCUGUAUGCUCUAUUUGUGAUCCCCAUAGUAUGCGGACUUAUUGUCAUUAUCCUGUACAGGAAACCUUGUGUAAGAAAGGCGGUGAUGAAGAGGAUGACUUGUACCCGAGGCAGAAACUCUUCUGAAGACCAGUCCACACAGAUGGAUAGGCUACACAAGUCAGGGAAAGUCCGUGAAGUUCUAGACCAGGAUUCUUAAUGUACACCAUGUAUGCCAAGUGAAAAGUGAGGCAUCAGAAAUAGAAAAUGUGUAACAGAAGCAAAGAGCUGCCAGAGUGCAACAAAUGAGGGCAAUAGUUCAUUGUCAAGUAUCUGUUCUUAACAUCUCACCGAACAUGUAUAUUCUGCAGUAGUCAUACAAAUUUUUAACAAGUUUACACACAAGACAAGUAGGUCUGCUCUCUCGAAAUUAAAAUUUUUAAAACCUCAUAAGUAAUUUUAGGUUUGUCUAUACUUUUCAUUUUUCUACACAGAUCGUUUGUGAUCACGUCCGACAAUAUCCCACUGAUGUUUUCAAGGAAAGAAUGGUUAUCAACACUACUAUUUUAUCAUGAAUAUGGUAGUAUUUUUCAGAAUUAGGUAAAAUAUAGAUAUUACAGGAGAGGAGAUCUGAAUUCACGACUUACAGAGACCUACGAUGGUCACUCGCUUUACCGCUGCGCUAUCGAAAGCCUCUGAUUUCGGACAUCUUGGCCGUGUUUUUUUCUGUUUGUUUAAGAUGUUUAUACAAAGUUGUAUUUUUUUACAAAAAUAAAAAGUUCUUGUUAUUUUCAUUUUCGUUACCCUAUCAAAGUCCAGAAUCUGCGCGAUUGUUGCUCACUUAAUACUCGCAAUGUCACCUGCAACCUGUUCACAUGUCACAUCAGUCCCAUGUGUCGCGAAUAAGUCUGUCACAAACAUUUUCCGGCUUUUUGUGCCCUCCAGCUCAUCUUCCUGAUUAUUUUUUAGAUUAAAUUUGGUCGCUUAUUGUUAAAGAAAUGCAGCGUUUCACGUGGAAUAUUUGAGAAAAGACGCAUAUCAGGCUGAGACAAGUGGAGUGUUCAAGUUUAUUUGUCUGCUUCUGAACUCUUUUGUUGUUGUUUUUUUUUUUUAUCUUUGUGAGGGUUGAUUCAAGAUGUUUAAAAGCCUCAGCUUUGUCUGAUUGUCUUUGUUCUGUGUGCUAGUUAUUCUAGUGUUUCCCCCUCAUACUCACAUGAAUAGCUCUUCUGAUAACACAACGAUACACUGCAGUGACUGAUAACCUUUCUGGUAAAAACACCAUUAUAAAGGUUGACAUGUAUUUGCAAAAUAGUAAAAUGACUUACGAUUCAGACUGAAAAUGUCUGAAGAACAUCGUAUUUUUUCCUUUGUCGAAGAAAAUUGUAUUGCUCCCAAUAUUUAAUACCUCUUCUUGUGUCUAAAUGCGACGAAAACUGCGUAAAACGGAUGUAAAGGGGACUAACCCUACCCCUUACAACUAUUGUACAGGAAAACAUUUUUUUUGAGAUCGUGAAUGUUUCAGAAAGGCAGCUUUACUAAUUGCAUAAUAAAUUGGGCAGCUAUUUUAAACAAACAGCUUUGAUAGUUUUAUCAGACUUAUGAUGCGUUUGCUCUCAAUGUACAAUUAUAUACAUACAAAUUUUAAAAUCCUUUUUGUCAAUUUUCAAUCAGCUAGUAAAAAAGUGAUUUUC